GAAGUAAACGACGCUUCUUCAUUGUUCUGUUUCUCGAGCAUUAGGUCGCCAUUACGAUGAUAGAAUCGAUCAGGCGAGGUCUAUAGUUAACGAUAUCCCUUUUGGACGUACGACGCAAAAGUCGAUAUCGCAUCGUUGCCAGCUAGUCGAUAGCCGAUCCGCGGGCAUCGUUCUUUUCGACGCGAGAAAUUGAACUUCGAUAUCUGCGAAAAUAAUUCAUCGACGGACGCACGAGGGAAAGUAGAUAUAUCGGAACGCGGUAAAUUCGCGUGCAGUCGCGGCUGCCACGCAACAAACGCGCUUGCUAAGAUUUGUCUGUACGACAGAAUACGUUUAUUUGUGACAGUACAUUUGAAAUGCCGCGAAAUCACCACUCUGAUGGAGUACGGACAAUAAUUCUAAGUAAGUCGCGAAUACCGGAAAAUACGGUGGAUACAUUCUUUGAGGAAGAUCAUACACAUGUUGACGCCGGUGAGCGUGUAUUAAUUACGGACGUUAUGGAGAAUAAUAAACAGCAGCCAGUGUUAACGAAUGGCUCGAAAUUGAGCAGCACGUUGAACGACAGCAAGAAUGAUGUACAAAUGGUAUUGGCAAAAAUGAUGGAGGAAAAGCACACAUAUACCUAUAAGAAACUGGUGGUGCCACCAUCGAUGAGGAGCAUCUACUGGAAAUUCUUUGGAUUCCCAGCCACCGAUGACGGUGAUAUCCUUACUAAAGUGAAGAUUGUUUGUAUACUAUGUAAGACGCAAAUUGCCUACAACCGCAACACCAGUAAUCUACGCAUGCAUUUGCAAAAUAAGCAUGCCCAUGAAUUGCAGGAAUUAGAACAAACCUGUCCUCCAUCUAAACAGAUUGUUCUCCAGGAAAACAAGGAACGCAAAGCGCAAAAGAGAUUAUUGAAGACUGGUCUAAGUCCAGCAAAAUAUAUUUAUACCACUAAUAUGGACGGUACUGUUCAGAUAGAUGGAGAUAUACAGUUUGUUACAGAUCCUAACAUAAGUCUAUCAAACAUGGAAGAAGAUAUUACAAUCGGUCAACCACUGAGAGUUAUGAUCAAGGGUGGAUCCAAUAUGAAUAGCAAUAAUCAGAAUAUAGCCUUCCUUAUGCCUUCAGAAGAUAACGUGACGAAUCAGUCAGUAGAUGGGAAAACAGUAUCAGACGCUAUAGCUGAAUUUAUUAUAAUGGAUUUACAAUUGCCAGAGAUUGUAGAGGGGCGUGGGUUUCAGAGACUGGUAGCCACCCUUCGUUCGCCUUGUGAAAUUCCUAGCAAGAUCAAAUUAGAACAGGAAAUAAUACCAAGGAUAUAUGAUAAUUUUCGAGAAUCAGUAGCAAGUUCAUUAUCCUGCAUCUCUUCGGAGAUAGCUUUGACAAUUGAAGAGUGGAAAUCGAAUAAUGAUGAGUGUUUUAUGACUGUAUCAAUUUAUUAUCAAAAUAUUGAAGAGGCUACAUUAGAAUGUAAAAUUUUAAGCACCUUUCAUGCACCGUUAGAUUGGGACGAGAAUCAUUGGGACAGAAUCAUAGAUUCCCUAUUAAAAGAGUGGGACAUCAAAAUAGAGAGAAUAACAGCAGUAGUUGUUAGUACUUCGAGAUCAGAAUUACUUGUAGCAUUAACUAAUCGUGGUUUGACUCUAGUGCCCUGUUUGCUUCACACUCUACAAGUAUGUGCGCUAGCUUGUUUUGAAAAUCCUGAAGUGGCUCAAAUAUUAUCCAAAUGUAGAGCAGCUAUUGGAGCUAUCAUAAGUCAUCCAAGUGCAUUCACUACAUUGACUAUGCAAGAACAAUUAUUAGAGUUGGAAGAAAAUGCUAUGAUACUGGAUUAUCCAGUUGUAUGGAUAUCGACGUAUAAUAUGUUGGAACAGAUGGUGCUGCGUCGUACUAUAAUUACAGAGUUAUUAGAAAGUACAGAAGGGAUAAAUGAAGACAUGUUUGAAAUCAGCAACGACCAGUGGAAAAUCAUAGAAGAUAUUGUUAAUGUUCUUGACCCGUUUAAAGUUACAAUUAUAACAUUAAGCGAAGAAAAAAUGCCUCUGAUAUCAUUGCUAAAACCGUUACUUUGGCAACUUGUCUCUUCGCAUCUCAAAAUAAAAGAAUCGGACAGUGAUAUUGCGAAGACUUUUAAAGAAUCCUUAUCGGACAUGUUAUACGAGCGAUAUGCGGAAUACAAUGUCACUUUAGUUCUACAAAUUGCAACUACCUUGGAUCCCAGGUUUAAGUCAAUGCCGUACGUUACUGAAGAAGAUAAAAAUAUAGUUAGCGUCCCUAUAAAGGAAAUGUUGACGAAAUUGAUUCAAGAAGACUCUGGAGACAAUGCCAUAAAGAGCGAAGAUGAAAUACCAAGUAAAAAAAGUAGAUCAGGUAUGGAGCAAUUACUGGGUGGUUUAUGUGCUGUAAAGACUGGAAUACCCGCAGAAGAGAAAGCAGAUCUUGAACUUGUACAGUAUCAAUCGGAAUCUAUAGCUGAACUUGACAAUUGUCCCCUUCAAUGGUGGGCUAAGAUAUCUGCGAAGUGUCCAAAUCUAGCAAAGUUAGCGAAUAGGUAUCACUGUGUACCCGCUUGUUGCGCAACUCCCACCCGAAUUCCAGCGGAUAUGCAGAUUCAGUAUGAUACGAGACGAGCAGCUUUACCACCACAUUUGAUCGACAAACUACUUUUCUUACAUGGUAAUCAUACUAUGCAAGUUUGAAAAAGAUGCUAAAACUGAUGGGUAUUAUUUCAAUCAAGAAAAAAAUACCUCACUGCUAUUACGCAGUACUGGUGGUAUGUAGAAUAUUUUCACAAAAAAUCGAGUAAAAACCGAAA